AUGAAGUUCACGGCUGCGGCUGCAUUGGCCCUUACGGCCGCCCCCUCCCUGGUGGCAGCACAGAUCUUUACCGAGUGUGAUCCAACCAAGAAAUCCUGCCCCCCCAAUCCUGCACUCGCGGGAACCGCCUCGUUUGACAUGAAGAGCGCCUCUGACCGAUUUAUCAUCGUCGGAAACUCCCCCACCUAUGGCGACGACGGUGCCUCCUUCACCAUCAACAAGCAGGGCGAGGCGCCCACUCUCCAGUCCAAAUUCUACAUCAUGUUCGGCCAUCUUGACGUCGAAAUCAAGGCUGCUCCCGGCCAGGGCAUCGUCAGCAGUGUCUUCAUGGUGUCGGACAGCCGGGACGAGAUCGACUGGGAGUGGGUGGGCGGCAACAACGGCCAGGUGCAGACCAACUUCUUCGGAAAGGGCCAAACCGCCACCUACGACCGCUCCGUCUGGCACCCCAACCCCGGCAACCAGGAUGCCUUUCACAAAUAUUCGAUCGACUGGACCAGCGAGCGCAUUGAGUUCUCCAUCGAUGGAAAUCUGAUCCGCACGGUCACCCCCAACGAUGCUAAUGCCAAGGGCCAAUACCCCCAGACGCCCAUGCGCAUCAGAUUCGGUUCUUGGGCCGGAGGUGACCCCAAUAAUUCCCAGGGAACCAUUGACUGGGCCGGUGGUUUGACCGAUUUCAGCAAGGCACCAUUCACUAUGCAACUCAAGAAUGUCGUCGUCACCGACUAUUCUACUGGUAAAGAGUAUCGCUACAAAGAUCAGAGCGGAACUUGGCAGUCCAUUGAAGCCGUCGACGGCGAGGUCCACGGCUCGGGAACCCCUGGUUCAGGCCCACAGGUAGAGUCUUCACUUCCACCAGCAGAAGCCACCAUUGCCCCCAGCCAAGGUAUGACCUCAGGUUCAGGAGCACCGAGCGUGUAUCCGUGGAUCCCAAAAGACCCUUCCAAGACACCCACCACUGCAAGUGCGUCAGUAACAGGAUUUCCAGGGCUCCCCAGUAGUUGGUUAGUCACCGACGAUGGGAGACCCUCUACGCCGAGCACGGCUUCUACCGAUUCCCGUAUUUCGUCAUCGCCUUCGCCUUCGUCUUCGGAUUCUCAAUCUUCUGGUGGCCCUGAACCCUCGGAGACUGGUUCGCCUUCUCGACCAACCGGCGAUGGUGCAACCUUCGUCACUUCUGGUUUACCGGUGACUAGUGGUGGAACCAAUCCAUCCGCGACCGAGGCUCCGCCAAAUGCUGCGGCCCACCUCUCCAGCCCCUACUACGGAUUCGCUGCCAUUUGCGGUAUCAUGGGCCUGGCUGUGCUCCUAUGA